AUGCCUGAUCCUGCCACAAGCUACAAGCAGCAGAAGGAGGCCUUUGUGUCCAACCUGUCUGGCGGCUCUGUCGCAGAAAUCAACUAUGUUACAUCCGUUGCAGCUGUUUGUCCCCCUAAACCUCCCGUGGCUAUUCUACUUUGGUCUGUACUCCAAGCCCGCCAGUCCUUCUUUGAACCAUACACGGUGCUGGCGUUUGCCGUCGACUUCCUCCUCAAUGUUGGCGCAAUCCUUCUCUCGAUGACCUUGUAUUCCAACUCGCCUCUUCUACUCAACCUCCUCCUAAUUGCGCCUGCCGUCCUCAUCUUUACUCUGCCGCCACGUCCUAUAAGUCGAAAGAAGAAGGCUAAGGUCCCUCCUAAUGCCCGGUCCAACGAAAGCUCUGGGCAGUUGGAUAUCCUAUCAACAAAGCCGUUCCUGACAAACUUCCGUGGUUGCAUGAUGAUUGCCACCUGUGUGGCUAUCCUUGCUGUCGAUUUCCGACUGUUCCCUAGGCGCUUUGCCAAGGUUGAGACAUGGGGUACUUCUCUCAUGGAUCUUGGUGUUGGAUCCUUUGUCUUCUCAGCUGGGCUUGUUGCAGCUCGUCCCGUGUUGCGAGAGAAAGCUAUAGGUCGCACUACUGGUAAAGGUUCGUCACUUUUCUACCGCAUCGUGCAUUCGUUCCGUCACUCCAUUCCACUUCUGGUCCUAGGCUUCAUCAGGUUCCUGAGUGUAAAGGGUCUGGACUAUGCAGAACAUGUGACAGAGUAUGGUGUUCAUUGGAAUUUCUUCUUCACACUGGGACUCUUGCCCCCAUUCGUGGCUAUCUUUCAGUCAGCGCUCAAAUGGAUUCCUUCAUUUGCUGCUCUGUCGUUGUUGGUCGGCGUCACAUAUCAAGUUCUGCUUGAAACCACUAGUCUGAAGGCGUUCGUCCUUACAGCACCCAGGACCGAUCUAAUUAGCAUGAAUCGUGAAGGAAUUUUCAGUUUCAUAGGCUAUCUGGCCAUCUUCCUUGCUGGACAGGAUACGGGCAUGUUUGUUAUUCCUCGGAACAUACCCCCAAAGAGUACUGCUAGUCCCGGCGCUCAGCGCAAUACCCUCUUGAUGACCAUGGCUGUUUGGGGAGGAGUCUGGACAGGUCUAUAUCUGCUGUCCACAAACUACCAUUACGGUUUCGGUCUGGCCGUGUCUCGUCGCAUGGCGAACCUACCUUAUGUCCUAUGGGUUGUUGCCUUCAACACUCUGCAGCUCCUUGGGUUUGCCGUCGUCGACACGGUGUUCUUCCCUGCGUUCUAUAAUGCACAGGAUGCGAAGACCGAGAAGGAAGCAUAUACACAUGCUACCAGUCAUGUGAUCCGAGCCUACAAUCGGAACGGCCUGGCUGUCUUCUUGGUCGCAAACUUGCUGACUGGGUUGGUUAACAUGACUGUCAACACACUUGAUGCUACUCCCAUUGCUACGAUGGGUAUAAUGGUGGCAUAUACUGCGACUAUCACAGGUUUCGCGGUGGUAUUGGAUGCAUAUGAUAUCAGCGUGAAACUAUAA